UUCUUCGCGCAACUCGCGCAAGUCUUUGACGCGACAAAGGGCAAGGACCACGGCUCAAUAUUCUUGGUACAAAAAAGAUUGUCAUAUGACCAACCACUGCCCGAUGCCCCUCGAGACGGAGCAUUUCCCGAUACGAACCCAGCCACCCCACUACCAGUCCUCAUACGUGCUACCAACGGCAAGGCGAAGGACCGGAAAACAAAGCGUGUCAAGAUUUCCACAGUUGUGUCUCCCGAUGCGCUGCCGUCGUUCUUUGAGAAGUACGCGGAGGUUUGCAAGGCUGGCAUGACUACGCUGAAGCCCCGCGACCGAAGCAAGAGGAAGGGCAAGGCGAAGAAGAGGAAGGGCGGUGCCGCUGCCUGA